AUGGGAUUUCUUCAGACGUUGAAGUUCUACGCCAAAUCUUUUGUUUUCGGCACCUUGAUUGCCACUUGUGCCCUCUACGGCGUUUUUGCAAGCAUCUUGUUGAGACUCAUUGGCAAGCCAGAGUAUGCCCAGUACACCGUCGCUAGAGUGUUCUACUUCAUGUUCUCCAAGCUUUUGGGAGUUACUAUCACCAUUAAGAAUGAGCAUUACUUGCGCCAAAACCCUGCAGUUGUCGUUUCCAACCACCAGUCUGCGUUGGAUAUUUUGAUUCUCGGCAAGGUGUUCAUGCCGGGCUACACUGUCACCGCUAAGAAAGUGUUGAAGUACUUCCCCUUCUUGGGCUGGUUCAUGAUUGCUUCUAGCACGUUCUUCUUGGAUAGAGCAAAGUCCGAAAAGGCACGCAAGGUGUUGGACAGAGCGCUUUUGGGGUUGAAAUUGAACCUGCGACUGAUCUUCAUGUUCCCUGAAGGAACCCGUUCAGCCACUAAGAAACUCGAGAUGCUUCCUUUUAAGAAAGGUGCGUUCCACUUGGCCAAGCAGGCUGGUAUCCAUGUGAUCCCCGUAGCUGUAUCCAACUACAGUCACAUCUUCCAUUCUGGAGACAAGGUGUUCAACCGGGGUAACAUUCUCAUCGAGGUGCUUCCUCCCAUGGAGACGACGGACUUGAAACUGUCGGAGGAUGUUACUGCAUUUGCUCAGGAGGUUCGGGACAAAAUGCUCCACUCCAUCGAGACGCAGGGUUAUUCGCCAGCCAGAGGCGAGACGCCAGUAGUGGUUGAGGCAGAGGACACUGCUUCGGAGGUUUCCGUGGAGGUGAUUGGCGAGGAGACUCCGCUUGUUUCGGGCGAUUAG